AUGGUUAACGAGAAUGACAAAUUCGUAGAACAAAUGCAGAUAAAGCUUAGUACAUUCGCGUUGAAAUAUUUUGCAGAAAUAGUUCUUAAUGAGGGCUCCGAGGACUUCUUUCCAUACAUCGAACGAGGGAGCUCCACCCAAGUGGACAAGGUCCAACGAACGUAG